GCGUUUUCUGAAAUAUGCAGGUCUCCUAAAGGCGCGCCUUGAGGCGGGUCGCUCAAGGUCGCCGGGACGAAUAGCAGUGCCACUAGUUAAACUCAGUGAACAUGAGAGAUCUGAAAAAAGAUGAGUUCACUAAGGUUGUAGCCAAACUACAGAAAUAUAUUAAGGAUGCUGAUGAAUUAUUAAACAGACCAGACGACAAGUACAAUUUUUACUACCAUCGUGAUCGCGUUUUUUAUUGCCGUUCGACACUCGCAAAACAUGCUGCAUCAAUCAAAAAGAAACAUUUGCUAAGCUUUGGGACUUGUAUUGGCCGCUUCUCAAAAACAGGCAACUUUAGACUCCACAUAACCGCGCUUGACUUCUUAUCACCGUAUGCCAUGUAUCGUGUUUGGUUAAAAGCACCAUCUGAACAGCAGUUUCUUUAUGGUCAAAAUAUUUUGAGGUCAGGUGUCGCUAAGAUGUCGGACAACACUCCUCAGUACGCCGGUGUUGUUGUAAUGAACAUGAGUGAUAUGCCUCUAGGCUUUGGGGUUGCUGCCAAGUCAUCCCUACAAGUAAAAAACACUGAUCCAAUGACAAUAACCGUCUUUCACCAAGCUGAUAUUGGGGAGUAUAUUCGAUCGGAAGAAACUAUCGUUUGAAGUAUAUGGAUAACCUUAUGUACUGCUUUUUUCUGUUUGUAUAAAAACUUUCCUUAAACAC